GGUUUUAUUGUCAGUACAAUGCAUGGGUCAUACCAGUGUGCGGGGGGAGGAAUAUACCAUCUGUGCUGCUGGAGGGACGUAAGAGAAUCCUGACAGGGAGAGAACACACAUACCUGUAUCUGUAGAGGAGCCGUGUACUUACAGGACCUGCGAUGAUGUCACCGUCAUGUGAUCAGUCACAUGGAGGAGGAGGAGUCACAUGAUCAGGGGCUGCUGCUCUAGGCUCAUCUGCUCAGUGUAUGCAGGACUCUGCUGUCACAUGACCAUCAUCACAGGUCCUUCAACAAUCUCUUCUACCCUGCACUGUUCAGCCCCGCCCACUCCUGUCACAUGAUCCUCCCCACAGGUCCUUCGGCCACAGUCACUUAUUUACUGCUAAACUUCGCCCCCAAAUGUACUGGUCACAUGAUUGUGACAUCAUCACAGGUCCUACACCUCCAGCAUGUAGCAGAUACAGAGCAGGUCCUGGUGGGGCAGUCACUGCUGUUGUGUUGCGUGUGGAGAUCUCUCAGAGCAGCAGCCCCUGAUCAUGUGACUCCUCCUCCUCCCUGUGACUGAUCACAUGACGGUGACAUCAUCGCAGGUCCUGUAAGCACACGGCUCCUCUACAGAUACAGUUUCUCCAAUCCAGGAUCCUCUGCUGAUAUCUUCUAUAUAAGAAAAUUCUUCUGGAUGACCCAUCAACCAUGGAGAGAGACAGGAACAAGAUGGCCGACAGGAUCAUAAACCUCACCCUACAGAUACUCUUCCAGCUUACUGGAGAGGAUUACACAGUAGUGAAGAAGUCCUCUAGUGGCCGCUGUCGGGCCCCUGUGUGUGAAGGAUGGGGAAGAACCCUGAGCCCAAUCCCGGGGCCCCCACCUCAAUCCCUGAUACAUGAGGAAAUGGAUGAACAGAAAAUCCUAGAACUCAUCAACAAGAUGAUGGAACUGCUGACUGGAGAGGUUCCUAUAAGGUGUCAGGACGUGGCGGUCUAUUUCUCCAUGGAGGAGUGGGAGUAUGUAGAAGGACACAAGGAUCAGUACAAGGAUCAGGUCAUGAUGGAGGAUCAGCAGCCCCUCACAUCACCAGUCAGAUCCAGUAAGAGAACAGCACCAGAGAGGUGUCCCCGUCCUCUUCUUCCACAGGAUGAUCAGGGUGAAGAUCCGAACAUUAUUAAUGCUCCAGAGACAGAUGUAAGCAGUGAUGAACAGUGUAAGGAGGACAUUCCUACAGAGAAAGAUCUGAUCUAUAUUAAUGGUACAGAUAUGAAGGAAGAAGAAGAGACAGAUGUGAGCGGCGAUGAGCAGUAUAAGGAGGACAUUCCUACAGGGAAAGAUCUGAACUAUAGUAAUACUACAGACUUAAGGGAAGAAGAAGAGAGAGACAGGAGCAUUGAUGAGCAUUAUAAGGAGGACAUUCAUACAGGGAAAGAUCUGAUCUAUAGUAAUGCUACAGACAUAAAGGAAGAAGAAGAGACAGAUGGGAGCGGUGAUGAGCAGUAUAAGGACAACAUUUCAACAGGAAAAGAUCUGAUCUAUGGUAAUAAUACAGAAUUAAGGGAAGAAGAAGAGACAGAUGGGAUCAGUAAUGAGCAGUAUAAGGACAACAUUUCAACAAGAAAAGAUCUGAUCUAUAGUAAUACUACAGACUUAAGGGAAGAAGAAGAAGAGACAGAUGUGAGUGGUGAUGAGCAGUAUGAGAAGGACAUUCCUACAGAUAACCGCCCAGAUUCUUGUACCAGGAGAUCAGAGGAGAAUCUUAUAUCUUCAGAUUAUAAAGCAGAUGAUGAUAUCACACAAGAUACAUAUGAAGAACAUUCCAUUAUCCCAGAUACACCCUCAGCCCUUCACAGCCAAGAUCUGUCAUCUCAUCCUUAUAUACAGGUCUUGUCUUCUCAUUCAUCACAGGAUGUUAAGAGAAAAAAAGGUCACAGAAGGGGUGUUGGACAUCAAGGAGAUCGCACAGGAAAGAAACCAUAUUCAUGCUCAGAAUGUGGGAAAUGUUUUACUAAGAAAUCACAUCUUGUUCAACAUAAAAAAUCUCACACAGGGGAGAAGCCAUUUUCAUGUUCAGAAUGUGGGAAAUGUUUUGUUCAGAAAUCAGAUCUUGUUAAACAUAAAAGAACUCACACGGAGAAACCAUUUUCAUGUUCAGAAUGUGAAAAAUGUUUUACUAACAAAUCACAAUUUGUUAUACAUCAAAGAACUCACACAGGAGAGAAGCCAUUUUCAUGUUCAGAAUGUGAGAAAUGUUUUGCUCAUAAAUCAGAUCUUGUUAAACAUCAAAGAACUCACACAGGGGAGAAACCAUUUUCAUGUUCAGAAUGUGGAAAAUCUUUUUCUGAGAAAUCAAGUGUUGUUCAGCAUAAAAGAUCUCACACAGAAGAGAAGCCAUUUUCGUGUUCAGAAUGUGGAAAGUGUUUUACUGACAAAUCAUAUCUUGUUAAACAUAAACGAACUCACACAGGGGAGAAGCCAUAUUUAUGUGCAGAAUGUGGGAAAUGUUUUACUCAGCAAUCACAUCUUGUUCGACAUCAAAGAACUCACACAGGAGUAAAGCCAUUUUCAUGCUCAGAAUGUAGAAAAUGUUUUACUCAGCAUUCACAUCUUGUUACACAUCAAAGAACACACACAGGAGAUAAUUCAUUUUCAUGUUCAGAAUGUGGAAAAUGUUAUACUAAGAAAUCAAGUCUUGUUCAACAUCAAAGAACUCACACAGGGGAGAAGCCAUUUUCAUGCUCAGAAUGUAGAAAAUGUUUUACUCAGCAAUCAAAUCUUGCUACACAUCAAAGAACUCACACAGGAGAGAAACCAUAUUCAUGUUUAGAAUGUGGGAAAUGUUUUUCUCACAAAUCAAGUCUUAUUAAACAUAAAAGAACUCACACAGGAGAGAAGCCAUAUUUAUGCUCAGAAUGUGGGAAAUGUUAUUCUUCUAAAGUACGUCUUGUUCAACAUCAAAGAACUCACACAGGAGAGAAGCCAUUUUUAUGUUCAGAAUGUGGCAAAUGUUUUACUUUUAAAUCAAGUCUUGUUCAACAUCAAAGAACUCACACAGAAGAGAAGCCAUUUCCAUGCUCAAAAUGUGGCAAAUGUUUUACUUUUAAAUCAAGUCUUGUUGUACAUCAAAGAACUCACACAGGAGAGAAGCCAUUUUCAUGCUCAGAAUGUGGAAAAUGUUUUACUCAGAAAUCAGACCUUGUGGUACAUCAAAGAACUCACACAGGAGAGAAGCCAUAUUCAUGUUCAGAAUGUGGGAAAUGUUUUACUGAUAAAUCAAGUCUUCUGAAACAUCAGAAAACUCACACAGGAGAGAAGCCAUUUUCAUGCUCCGAAUGUGGGAAAUGUUUUACUGAUAAAUCAAGUCUUCUGAAACAUCAGAAAACUCACACAGGAGAGAAGCCAUUUUCAUGCUCAGAAUGUGGGAAAUGUUUUACUCAUCAUUCAAGUCUUAUUAAGCAUAAAAGAACUCACACAGAGGAGAAGCCAUUUUCAUGUUCAGAAUGUGGGAAAUGUUUUACUCGUCAUUCAAGUCUUUAUAGGCAUAAAAUAACUCACACAGGAGAGAAGCCAUUUUCAUGCUCAGAAUGUGGGAAAUGUUUUACUGACAAAUCAAAUCUUGUUAUACAUCAAAGAACUCACACAGGGGAGAAGCCAUUUUCAUGUUCACAAUGUGGGAACUGCUUUACUAAGAAAUCACAUCUUGUUAGACAUCAAAUAAUUCACACAGGGGAGAAGCCAUUUUCAUGUGCAGAAUGUGGGAAAUGUUAUACUCAGCAAUCACAUCUUGUUAAACAUAAGAGAACUCACACAGGGAAGAAGCCAAUUCAGAGCAAUAAAUGAUGCAGAUAACACAUCUAUAUAUUAACCGCUUAGUAAAGGAAACCAUGAGCGAUGCAAUCUGUGCUUCUUAUGAAAUACUCAGACACUGUUAGAUGCUUUGCCGCUGUUUUUUCUUUAUUCGAUCAUUUUGGUAAAACAUUCGGAGCUGUAACAUUGGAAGCUGCAGAUGUUAUUAGUCGUCCCAGCAGAGAUGGUGUUCAUUGUUCGGGAGCCAUCAGGGUGUGACGUUUCGGGGGAACGCCCCCUUACUCAUGUGUACUAGAGCCUGAGAUUCCAGGAUAUUUGAGGUGGGAUGCCACCUGUUCACAAUCGAGGGAUUUCUCUUAAAGGAACAUUUACAAUUAUCUGAAGUAACAGAUUUAGAAGUAAUUUUACAUCUAGUUGCAUUUCACAAAACAUGGUGGAUUACAAUAUUCAUUCAUAAAUUCAUCUACAGAUGGGGAAAUCGUGUCCAGGUAGGUUAUCCAAUAUACUUCCCUUUACAAGAGACGCCUGCGCUUUAUAUUCUCAUUCCCUUCAGUGUGAAUUUGUUCUAAGAUUUGUCACCUUACUUCCUUCACAUUAUGUUGUUUUCCUAAAAAAUGUCUUGCGACAGUAGUUUCACUGAAUUUAGAUGAUUCACUCACUGUUUUAGUGUUUAUAGCCUUUCUAAUGUUGUUUUUAUGUAACAUUAUUCUAAUUUAUAUUUUUCUGCUGGUCUGUCCGA